AUGUCCAACAACUCCGCCUGGGCCUCCAUCAUUGCCAUGAUGCGGGUGUUCGACGCCCAUGGCCUUGACCAGACCUGGGCCAAGCCGGACGCGGCGUGGGUGCAGGAGUUCUUCGAUAGUUUGUCGGAGCGGCCUGUCCGUGAGGAGAAGCAGCUCAUCCGCGACACCACCGACGAGGAGGUGGCGUAUAUCGCCAACAGGGCGGAGGAGGCGGCCCAUGCCGAAGCGGCCGGCAGCGCUGGCUUCCGGGAAAGUGAGGCCGGGGCCGAAGAAGACUUUGCCGAGCAGGUGGAGUCCACCGGGGAGUGCAACGGCGCUACCACUAGGGGCCCUUCUGCCGAGGAGGCGGACGAAGAGGCGGCCGAUGACACGGACGAAGAGGAGCCGCUAGAGGAGCCCCUGGUGAAGGGGAGGAGGAAGCGUGUCCUCCGGCGGUCUAGCUCCAGUGAGCCAGGGCGGCGAGCCUCUUCGCCCAAAGAGGUCCCCGCCAAGAAGGCAACCGACAAGGCCGCACCACGGCAAGGGGCCCAGGCAUGGCCCGUGCAUCAUACGAGGCGCACGGCCACGAUGGCAGAGGGAGCAGCGGCCGCUGCUUCCGCUGCGGCCAAGCGACGCAGGUCUCCGUCCCCACCCCUCCGCACGGACACCAUACCAGAGGCCGAUUACGACCUCUCUGGCAUGAGCCCGAACAGGAGGGGGGACACGAAGACACUGGCGCAGAGGAUGGAGAAGAGGGCCAAGACCUCGAUGGACCUCGCCUCGGUGGGUCAGAUGGAUGUUGAUGGCACCAUCGAGGAGAUCGCCAAGGAUGCCGCCGCUCAGGCCGACGAGGUUGCUGCCGACGAGGCCGCCAAGGAAGCACAUGAAGAGGCCACCAGGGGAUCUGCCGGGGAGGCCAUCGAGGGGACCGGUGACCGUACUGAUGGCAUCCCUGCCUCAGGAGCGCCUGGCGCUACACCGGUCCCGGAGCCCUCAGUUGCCGGGGCGACGGUGGCCGGCGACCAACCGUCCAACUCCGAAGCCCCCCACUCGAGCAGAUACCUCAAGAUCGGUGAGGAUCUGUUUGUCACCAUCCCGGGGACGGCAAGCACUGGAGCGCCUGCCGAGGGGGAGGUUUUUGACGAAGAGUUCAUCGUCGCCGCCGGGCUCCAAGUUGUUAACGAGCCAAGCGCCAGCAGCGGCAGUUCCAAGGAGGACCAGCUCCUCCAAGCUAUUAGCAGCAGCUUCCACAAGCUUCAGGCGCUUCACCGCGCCCACAAGGAGAAGCUGGACUCCCGGAUGGCAGUCAUCGAGGCAGCGGAGGCGGGCCUCCAGGAGUGUGUUGACCAGACACAGGUCUGGUUAACGGAGGCCCGACAGGAUUUGAAGGCCAGCCAGGAGCAGCUGGGUCAGCAGUGGAACAAGCUUCUUCUGAAGCAAUCAGAUAUCGAGAAGGCCCAGGAGGAGGAUGCUGCACGGAUCGCCAAGGAGGACGGUGAGCUAAGGGAGUGCCGCAUCUCGCUUGACGCCCAAGAAGAAGACCUUGCCGCUCGCGAGGAGGCGCUUGCCGCCAAGCUCUAUGGCAAGGAUGAAGAAAUCGAGAAGCUCGUCGCGCAGCGGACCCAGGAACUGGAGCAAAAACACAAAUACGCACUUGCUGCUCUGGUCCUGAAUCACGCCGGUAAGCUAAAGGAGGCCGUCGAUGCUGCUGAAGUGGCAGAAACCGCCAAGAGCGAGCUGGCCGGCAAGGUGGAGGAGCUGGGGGCGGAGCUGGAGAAGCACAACAAAGAGGUCGUGGCGCUCAAGAGUGACAUGGACAAGACCAUCAACACCUUGGCGGGUUUGCAGGUCACCAUAUCCGACAGGAACAAGUUGCUCUCCAAGGCCAACAACUCCAUCGACGACCUGAAGCUGGCCACCCUGGAGGAGACCCUCGCGAGUAGCAGAGCCCGCGAGAAGACCCUGACCAAGAAACUCGAGGACGGGGAACAGCUGUUCACGAGCGCUGCCGCCGAGCACAAAGACUUUGUGAGCGGCGUGCAGAUCUGGACCGCAUGCCUCGUCGACGUCUCGGAGAAGCCCACCGCGCAGCUAUCCACCAUGGGCCUGCCGGGCAUCAGGUACUCCCACGACGACAGGAUUUCUGAAAGCGCCAGGGAGACCAUGUUCCUCAAGGCCAUCCUUGACGCCUUGAAGCUACUCCACCACCGCCGAGCGACCCACCUGGCCAACGAGUCCCGGAAGCUUUGCAGGGGCGCAAUCUUCAAGGUGCUCACCAAGGUGGCGCACACACCCCGGCGUUGA